AUGAUUGCAGCAAAAAAUUCAAUACGGAAAGCACUCCAUAUCGGAAAAGAACGUCAUCAUCGACAAAAUGAUAAACAAACACAAGAAAGGCACUCGCUAUCCUCUCCGAAUCACAGCGAUGAAGCGAAUAAUACCCUUCAGCCGCCGUCGUCUCCGUCAACCUCUCGGAAGACUUCUUUCAAAGAGAAACACAAAAUCUUUGCCGCAUUCCAUCAUCAUUCAUCCAGCAACGGAGACACCAGCAGUCCGCCUAAGAAAGCGUCCGCAGCCGUCUCACCCGCAGAUGCAUCCUCAUCCUCAUCAGUCUCUAGUCCGAGUUCACCGAAAACAUCGCUUAGUAAUGCUCAACAAAGUCCAAAAUAUGUGGAUGGUCAGCUAGCACGUGUACGUAUAAAACCAGGGCAUGAGGUGAUCCUAAGACUUCAUCAGUUAUCAGUAGACGUUGAGCAAGUGAUUAUCACCCAUCCAACUAAACCUAAUAAAAACGCCAAAGAUGGGUUGAAAGUACCGAAGAAAUCGUCCAUCCAGCCACGUACGACUGGAUAUGCGGAAACGGGUGAUCUGGCGAAUCUUCGCGAUCAUCAUCAUCGAAGUCGAAGCAUAAGUGCGCAGCCACCGACCACUUUACUUGGUACAAGUGUAGCGUCUUCAUCGGUAACCGUGCCCGCACUUAGAGGCUUCUUACGCGGUUCCAUUCUGAAUGCAAAUCGCUAUUCACCCUUCAAAUCAACGCGAUCCUCACGAUUCUCGGUCGUUCGUCAUCCACCUUCGACAGUGUACGACUUUGAGGGAUGGCAUACGGUGCUAGACCAAAAGAGUCAAGAUGCUGUAUAUUCAUUGUUUAUGAAAGCUCAUAAAUGUUAUGACUUAAUUCCGACUAGUUCAAAAUUGGUUGUUUUUGAUACAGAACUGCCGGUUCGAAAAGCGUUCUUCGCUUUGGUUUAUAAUGGAGUGCGUGCAGCGCCAUUGUGGGAUAGUAAUAAACAAGAGUUCAUUGGUAUGCUUACCAUCACGGAUUUUAUUGAGAUUCUCAACAGGUAUUAUACGGAUGAUUCAAAGAGCGAUGGCAUUAAAGAGCUGGAAGAGCAUAAAAUAUCAACUUGGAGAGAAACGUUUGAAAAAGAUGGCAAAGCUAGAGCACUUAUCACAAUUGAUCCAUCUGAAAGUUUGCAUCGAGCCGUACAGAUACUAUGUGAAUCAAAGGUGCAUAGAUUACCAGUGAUGGAACGCGGCUCAGGCAAUAUCUCUUAUAUUCUUACACAUAAGCGCCUCAUCAAAUUCCUUUAUCUAUAUGUAAAC